AUUCAUUCAUUCGUAAAGUCGUAAGGAAUCAAUUUGAAAACAAUGACACUUGGUGAGACCCAAACCGAGGAAGGGAUACAACAGAUACAGAAACAAUCAAAAAGCCAGGGACGCGAAAAAACAGCAGAAAGAAUGCUGAAAAAGCAAACGAACCCCGAUCACAACAGCGAAUCUAUGGACAACGGAAAUGUGGAUAAAACAGCCUAUACAAAUGCAAAGCAUCAAAAACAGAGUGAUGAAACAAUAUCAUUUCUUCGAGCUGCCCGCAGUGGGGACCUUGCAAAAGUUCUUGAAUUCAUAAAUGGUGGACUUAUCUCGGAUAUUAAUACUUGUAAUGCGAACGGACUGAACGCCUUACAUCUGGCGGCAAAGGAUGGCUUUGUCGAUAUUUGCAAUGAACUGUUGAAGCGGGGCAUAAACGUGAACAAUGCAACCAAGAAAGGUAACACAGCUCUGCAUAUUGCAUCGUUGGCGGGUCAGCAACAGGUGAUAAAGCAGCUCAUCCAGUACAAUGCGAAUGUGAAUGUGCAAUCGUUGAACGGCUUUACGCCACUAUAUAUGGCCGCACAGGAGAAUCAUGAUGGCUGUUGUCGUCUUUUACUGAGCAAAGGAGCAAAUCCUUCGCUGGCCACCGAGGACGGAUUCACACCAUUGGCCGUGGCAAUGCAACAGGGACACGAAAAGGUCGUCGCUGUGCUCCUUGAGAGCGAUGUGCGGGGCAAGGUGCGAUUGCCGGCGUUGCACAUUGCGGCCAAAAAGAAUGACAUAAGUGCGGCAACAAUGCUGUUGCAACACGAUCCCAAUGCUGAUAUCGUAUCCAAGUCGGGCUUCACACCACUGCAUAUUGCGGCGCAUUAUGGUAACGUUAAUAUAGCCAGCUUAUUGCUGGAACGUGGUGCCGAUGUCAACUAUACGGCCAAGCAUAAUAUCACUCCACUGCAUGUGGCCUGCAAAUGGGGCAAGUCAUCGGUUUGUCGGCUUUUACUCUCGCAAAAGGCGCGCAUUGAUACAACCACUCGGGAUGGUCUAACUCCGCUUCAUUGCGCUGCCCGAUCCGGUCAUGUUGAAGUCAUUGAGCUGCUGCUAAGUCUCAAAGCGCCGAUACUAUCGAAAACAAAGAACGGACUGUCCGCACUCCAUAUGUCGGCGCAGGGUGAGCACGAUGAGGCAGCACGGCUUUUACUCGACCAUAAGGCACCCGUGGACGAGGUCACUGUGGACUACUUGACGGCUCUCCAUGUGGCCGCCCACUGUGGCCAUGUGCGUGUGGCUAAGCUAUUGCUCGACUACGGAGCAGAUCCAAACUCACGCGCCCUCAAUGGUUUCACCCCAUUGCACAUUGCCUGCAAAAAGAAUCGUCUCAAGGUUGCCGAAUUGCUGCUUAAGCAUGGCGCCAGCAUUGGUGCUACCACUGAAUCCGGCCUCACGCCGCUGCAUGUGGCCAGCUUUAUGGGAUGUAUGAACAUUGUCAUUUACUUGCUGCAACAUGAAGCCAGCCCAGAUAUGCCCACUGUGCGUGGCGAGACGCCUCUUCAUUUGGCUGCGCGUGCUAAUCAGACUGAUAUCAUUCGAAUAUUGCUGCGGAAUGGAGCUGAGGUGGAUGCGAUUGCUCGUGAGGGACAGACACCGCUGCAUGUGGCCUCUCGUCUGGGCAACAUUGAUAUCAUCAUGUUGAUGAUACAGCAUGGUGCCCAGGUGAAUGCCUGCACCAAGGACAUGUAUACAGCCCUACACAUUGCGGUUAAGGAGGGCCAAGAAGAAGUCUGUCAAAUGCUGAUCGAGAACGGUGCACAGGUGGAUGCGGUUACCAAGAAGGGCUUUACGCCUCUACACUUGGCCAGCAAAUAUGGCAAAGCAAAGGUGGCACAGCUUUUGCUGGAAAAAGGUGCGGCCAUUGAUUGCCAAGGCAAAAACGAAGUGACCCCAUUGCAUGUGGCCACACAUUACGAUCACCAGGAGGUGGUACUCCUGCUGCUGGAACGUGGCGCUUCCCCGCAAAUCAGCGCUCGCAAUGGACACAGUGCUCUGCACAUUGCAGCCAAGAAGAACAGCUUGGAAAUUGUCCAGCAGCUACUGCAACACGGUGCGGACGUGGGUGGCCGUAGUAAGUCGGGCUUUACGCCGAUCCAUCUGGCUGCGCAGGAGGGACACGUGGAUAUGGUACAACUGCUAGUUGACCAUGAAGCGAAUGCCAAUAUUGCAGCCAAAAAUGGCCUGACACCAUUGCAUUUGGCUGCUCAGGAGGGACAUGUUCCUGUCUCACAAAUUUUACUCGACUACGGCGCUAACAUUUCGGAGCGCACCAAAGCUGGUUAUACACCACUUCAUAUUGCCGCACACCACAAUCAAAUCAAUGAAAUUAAAUUUCUACUUGAGAAUGAUGCCAACAUUGAGAUGACCACUAACGUCGGCUAUACACCUCUCCACCAAGCAGCCCAGCAGGGUCAUAUAAUGGUCAUCAAUCUACUUCUGCGACACAAGGCCAAUCCCAAUGCAGUUACAAAUAAUGGUCAAACGGCCUUAAAUAUUGCUCAUAAUCUUGGCUACGUAACGGCCGUGGAGACUCUUAAGGUCGUGACAGAAACAUCUGUAAUUGACACAUCGACUGGAGUGUUAGAGGAAAAGUACAAGGUAGUAGCUCCAGAAUUUAUGCACGAAACAUUGCUAUCCGAUUCGGAGGACGAAGGCGGCGACGAACUAUUAGAUCAUAAUCAAUACAAAUAUAUGGCGACUGAUGAAUUGAAAACCACAAAUGAGCAUGAUAAUACAAAUUUUGACACUACAAAUCCCGAACAAGAACAAUUAGAUGGAUUUGUUGGAAAUAAUAUGGAAAAAGAAAUAAUUAAGAUAAACGAUUCCAAUUUAUAUGCAUCUACGAUGGAAAGGAAGUCAGAUAAUGUAGUCAUCAUCAGACCCCCUGUUCAUUUGGGAUUCCUGGUUUCGUUUCUGGUAGACGCACGCGGCGGUUCAAUGCGUGGUUGUAGACAUAGUGGUGUUCGCAUUAUUGUGCCGCCAAAGGCUUGUGCAGAACCGACGCGUAUAACUUGUCGCUAUGUAAAGCCACAAAGGGUUGCCAAUCCUCCGCCCUUGAUGGAGGGUGAGGCGCUAGUGAGUCGCAUAUUGGAAAUGUCACCAGUCGACAGCAAGUUUCUGAGCCCCAUUGUAUUGGAAGUACCACAUUUUGGAUCGCUGCGCGAGAAAGAACGUGAGAUUAUCAUAUUACGAUCGGAUAAUGGAGAGAGCUGGCGCGAGCAUAGCAUGUAUGACAAUGAGGAGCAUCUGUUGGAGGCACUGAACGAGACAAUUGAAUCGGAUGUGAAUCCCUUAGAGGAUUUACACACAAGCCGAAUAAUUCGCAUUGUGACACAGAAUGUGCCGCAUUUCUUUGCUGUUGUAUCGCGUAUUCGUCAGGAGGUACAUGCGAUCGGUCCUGACGGCGGAACCGUCUCCUCAACGGCCGUUCCUCAGGUUCAAGCAAUAUUUCCAUCUCAUGCAUUGACUAAGAAAAUUCGAGUCGGUCUUCAGGCACAGCCAGUGGACUUAAUUGGUUGUUCGAAGCUACUUGGACAGGGCGUUGCCGUAUCUCCGGUGGUAACCGUUGAGCCACGUCGCCGCAAAUUCCACAAGGCGAUCACAUUGAGCAUUCCGGCGCCAAAAACAUGCAAUCAGGGUAUGGUUAAUUCCAUUCCCUAUGGCGGCGGCACAAAUGCGAAUGCUCCCACCUUGAGAUUGUUGUGCUCAAUAACCGGCGGUCAGAAUCGUGCUGUUUGGGAGGAUGUGACUGGAUCAACUCCAUUGGCAUUUGUGAAGAACAGCGUUAGCUUUACCACAACGGUAUCGGCAAGAUUUUGGUUGAUGGACUGUCGCAAUGUUGCCGACGCUGGACGUAUGGCAACCGAGCUAUAUACAUAUAUGGCUCAGGUGCCAUUUGUGGUCAAGUUUGUAGUGUUCGCAAAGCGAAUAUCCGCAACAGAGGCAAAGCUAUCCGUGUUCUGUAUGACGGACGACAAGGAGGAUAAGACGUUGGAGCAACAGGAGUACUUCACUGAGGUGGCCAAGAGUCGCGAUGUUGAGAUAUUACAGGAUCAAAACAUUUAUCUCGAAUUUGCCGGUAAUCUUGUACCCAUCUUAAAAUCGGGAGAGCAACUCAAUACUAAGUUUCAAGCAUUUCGUGAGAAUCGCCUGUCAUUUGUAGUGCAUAUUAAGGAUCAAGAGCAACCAAAAGGUCGCGUCUGUUUUAUGAGCGAACCGAAAGUGGGUCCCGGUGAAGCCCCAAUACAGCCAAUUUGUGCCCUUAAUGUAUCCCUGAAUCCAGAUAUUAAUGAGCAAGUCCAUGAAUACAAUGGGAAUGGUAGUUCAAAUGUUAUGGAUUAUGUUAAAGGUCUUAGUAACGGACUUAACAUAGAUCAAGGACUCACAUACAAAGAUUUAAUAAAUGCCGAGAUCCAAGCAAGUGCUAAAUCUAUAACAGAUCAUGUACAAUCGAAAGAAAAUGCAAAUGUUAUAGAAGAUACAAUUCAAUGCGCUGAUAUUCGAUUAUCUGAUAUAUCCAAUUUGCUGGGAAGUGACUGGCCGCAGUUGGCUAAAGAAUUGGGCGUUCCCGAGACCGAUAUCGACCUAGUCAAAGCCGAGUACGCUGACCAGGAUGUGUCACAGCAAAGUUUGAUCAUUCUGCGCCUAUGGCUGACCCAACAGGGCUCCCAGGCCACUGGUAAUGCCAUGUCGCAGGCCCUAAAUAAAAUCGGACGUGAUGAUAUUGUGGAGCAGUGCAUGUUUAACCUGCAACCUGUUACAGAUCAAUUGGAACGUGGCCUCGCCCAAGCCCGAAUGCAAUUGCCUCAAAUGUCUACGAGUCAAACUGAAAUUCACCAGCUCUCGGAUGGUCUUAAUGAAACCUUGAACAUUGACAUGCUUAGUCAGGACGUUAGUCAGGACCUAGAGGAAGAAAUCGUUCGCAAAGAAUGCGAAUUCAACGAACAUCAAUCGAAUAAUGCUACACCAGUGUCAAUCGAAUCCAAUAGUAUCAUUCAAGAAACUAUACCAGGUUUACCAGGAGUGGGACAACAUAAAGAUGACAAUUUCAUUGAAUGCUUGACUUCAAACGAACUCAAAAAUAUGAACGUAUCAACAGAUAAAUCACAUAUCAAAUCAGAAAAGUCUUUUGCGUCAAAUAUGUAAAGUAAUAUGUGAAGAAACACAAAAGAUUCAUCUUCGGAUAGUGGUUCAGUGUGUCUCCAAACCAUCUUAUUUAUUUAUUUAUAUAUACCAUACAUAUAUGUAUUACAGACGGAGAAUGCACAGAUUUUUUUUUGUUGUUUGCAACUACAGAAAGAGUGCAUGAAAAGUAAGGGGGAAAAUCAAUCGAGAAAUUGUAAUUGUUCAAUUGUUAUAGUCAUGGCAUCAAUAUCAAUUUAGCGAUAUAUAUCAUUAAUAAAAUGAUGAAAUAAAAUGAAUUUCGAGAUUCCUUUGUCUCCCAUAAUAACGUAAUGCUAACAAAAUAAUUGUAGUCUUGCAAUAUUUUUCAAAAUACAUGUUUAAGUUAUCAAUUGGGUGUUUAUAUAACAAAAACAAACACUGAAAUAUGUAUGAAUCACUCAGUAAUUGAUUUGACAGUGAGGCAGCUUAUUAUUGUGCCCACUUGAAUUCAGCUGAGUAUAAAAAACAUAAUAUUGUAUUUUCAAAAUAAAUUGUUGAAUUAUCAUGUGUAAAAA